AUGUCAGACCGAUACAACUUUCGACGUAGUACUCGCAGUCAGAAAGUACCACCUCAGCCCCCUGGGGGCUCACCACGAGAUCCAACUCGACGUAUAAAACUCAAGAUAGAAGACCUUGACCUUGACAAGUCCUAUGUUGGCAUUUCGGUACCAGCCAAGCUACCAGCACGGCCAAAGAAGAGCAGACCAUGGACCAAAUGGGAAGGAACGAAGCCUCUUACCGACCCAGCUAGACUUCCUCACGGCUGGCAUAUGAACGAGGACGAUCUUGAUCCUGCGGAUAUUGACGGCCAGAUCGACAGAUGUCUUGAGAGAAUUGCUGAAAACAUAAUGCCCCAUGUAUUUGAGCAAAGGUUGAAGGAGUAUACGGCUUCAAAAGCCGAAUUCGACGCGAUGAUAUUCCCGGGGUCUGAGGAGCUCAGCUGGGAAGCCAUUCAAAGGGUGCAUGAAUUGGAGAGCAUGAAGACGGAUGUAGCGGCUGCUGCGGAUCAAUAUGAACAGCUUCCAAACAUAGAGGCUAUUUUGGAAGAAUAUAAAUCGUGCGAGCUUGAGUGGAAUAUCGGACUUGUCACCUAUUGGUCGAGAGGAGUCCAGAUCUGUCAACCUAGACGAUUUGACUGGGAUGAAUUCGAAUCCAUUAACUCUCACUUCAACGGCGAUAAAGGAUUUUGGACAGAAGGGCUCACAGGUCCUGAACCCGAUACCUCCUCUGCCGAGAUAGUUGCAAGUCCAGCUUUGGGCGACCCGAAGUUGAUUGGGGUAAAAUUAGCCCUCCGUCUCCCGGGAGCAGACUGGUUUGCCGAAUUUGACUUUGUCCACGAUAAAGAGUGCAGCAUGAUGAGCAUCUAUCAAGCAGACCUUGAAACGCUGCUUUGCCCUAUUGGUUCUACUGUUGGGCCAACGAUACCGGUUGUGACUAUGGCAAGGACUCGUGUUUCAGGUGGAAGCAUCAUAACCAGGCAAGUCAUAGAGUUGGAAACCACGAUUCUGGAUGGAGAUCGUCGGAAAAUGAUUGCUUGGACUAGAACCAUGUGCUCUCUCAACCCAGGAAGCUGGACAUUGAGUGCGGUUCCUCGACUAUAUGGCCCGAUUUUGCGAGAUCUUUUAAAUCAGGGGGCCUCACCUGCUGGCCGUAAUUCACAUGUCGCAAACACGAGAUCUGGAGUUCACCCGCCAGAUCUGGACCUGACCAGCAACACACCAGCGCGCGGCACACAAUACAGAUCGCGCUCUCCGAUGCCGACAAGAACCGUGGCCGAAGGAUAUGAUAUGUGGUCACCGGGGAUCAAACGAACCCUGGCGAUGCCGCUUGCCGCACCUGGAGCCCUUCGAUGA